AUGGAGAAUAUCAAGCAAGAGGUUUCUGAACUCCGCAGAGAGGUGACUAUUUUGAAAGCUAGUAUGGAUCACUUAACUGGUUUGGUUGAAAUUCUGGUUGCCGCCCAAGUCAAUCCUUCUAGGAGGGGGGAAGCAAGGAUAAAAGUCUUCACGGAAACUCUAAAAUCAUUCUCUCAUGAAAAGGUGAUGGUUAAUGCACCUGAUGACUUUCCUGACAAGGUGAAUGUGGGAGUGCGUCUAGAAGAUGUCGGAAAGGGAUGUUUAUAUGAAGACGGUAGCGCAGCUAAUGGUGUGAAGAAGUUUGAUAAUGACUUUUCCAAGAAGAGAACCAGAGGAAGAAAUAUUCAUCAUCACGUUCAUCAAAAGAAUCGGCAAGUUCCUAAUCAGAGAAAAACCCAGUUUGAUUCAAUUCCAAUCACCUAUACAGAGUUAUUCCCUAUCCUGAUGCAGAGGAAUUUGGUUCAGACCCGACCUCCACCGAAGGUCCCUGAGAAGAUACAUUGGAACUACAAAGCUGAUUUGGCUUGUACUUUUCAUCAAGGUGCUCCUGGCCAUGACUUGGAGGGUUGCUUUGCUUUGAAGAUUGAGGUUCAUAAGUUGGUCCGAAGUGGUAUCUUGUCAUUCAAGGACGUUGGUUUUGAAGUUCAAAUCAAACAGGCGCCGAAGAGUAAACACGAUUGA